CGGGAAGGACAGCGAGUGGCUGCAAUGGCUGACGAGAUUGCCAAGGCUCAAGUGGCCAAGCCCGGCGGCGACAAGAUCUUCGGCAAGAUCAUCCGCAAAGAAAUCCCCGCCAAGAUCAUCUUCGAGGACGACCAGUGUCUUGCAUUUCAUGACAUUUCCCCUCAAGCACCAACACAUUUCCUGGUGAUACCCAAGAAGCAUAUAGCCCAGAUUUCUGUAGCCGAAGAUGACGACGAAAGUCUUCUAGGACAUUUAAUUAUUGUUGGCAAGAAAUGUGCUGAGGACCUGGGCCUGAACCGGGGCUAUCGGAUGGUGGUGAAUGAAGGUGCAGACAGGGGACAGUCUGUCUACCAUAUUCAUCCCCAUGUUCUCGGGGGUCGGAAGAUGAAUUGGCCUCCUGGCUAA